GCUGGCUCCUUCAGCUCUGGCCUGCGACCACCGUUGUCUUGUUUCGCCUUGCCUCCUGCCUGCUUCUGCCGCGGCGGCGGCGGCGGUGGCGGCGGCGGCGGCGGCGCGAUGUGCGCGUGUGCUGCUGGUCUGUAGGCUUUUUUGAUGUGUCGAUUUUUGAGAUGGCUGUGUCUUUGUCUCUGUGAGUGAGUUCGAAUGCGUGUGUAUGCGUAGUCAGCGCUGUGUGUUUCUCUCCGCACCCCCGUCAACUCAGUCUGCCCGCCCGGAUGGCGGCUGAUUCUUUGUGGAGAACAGACGGGGGAAAGGGGGAGCUGGCCGUCACUGCUAAACGGUAACCAGCGCUAGCCAGCCAUAGGCAGCAGUGGGGUUGUGGGCUCUCUAUUCCGGAGGCGAUGCUGUCGUCUCGCCGCAGCACCAGUGGCGACGUGUCCAGUAGCGGUAGUAGUAGUUGUAGCAAUGCUAUGAGAAGUGCUGUGCGCGUGUGUAGUACGUUGGCUGGCUGUGUCCCGUUUGUACGAGACUGGGUGCCGGUCUGCGCGUAUGUGUUGUCGCGUCGCUCGUUCGCGGUAGGAGACUGCUGGGCCCCGCUUAAACGCAUUGUUAAUUAACGGCAGCAGCCGGAGAAGCUGCCGGGUUGGUUGCUUGGUGGCGCCGCUGUGCUUGCGGCGCUUGUGAGCGCCGAACGGCGCCGAACAGCGGCCAGCGGCUAGAGAGCUGCCUGCUUGGCUGGUUAGUUCGUAGGUUGGUUCGUUUGUUCGUUGGUGACGUGCGGUGUGUUAUGAGCGCUAGAAUGCGAUCGCUCUGAACCAGCAGCCAGGCAAGCAGCCACCCUGAGAGAGAAAGCGAGCAACAGCAGCACGAGCUAGCCGCCGCUAUAGAAGCGGCAGCAGCGGUCGUCGUCGUUGCCGCCGCCGCCGUCGGCGACUACUACUACUACUACUACUACUACUACUACUACUACUACUACUAGUACGACGACGGCGGACAACGACACAACGCGACUUGACAGGCCACUGCUGGUUCAACUGGUCCAACUUGUAGGGCAGGGAGUCAGGCGCCAGCCCCGAAACCGCUACCGCGCCAGCAGCAGCGGCGGCGGACAGCAACAGCGGUACUACUCGCAGUCAACGGAAAGCAACAGACGUCGAGGACAGCAAUAACUGUAGCAGUUAGAAGCGCUAACAACGACAACAACAACAACAACAAUACGCGGAGCAGCAGGAGCGGCGGCUACACGAACGUGAGCUCAACGGGACGUCGGACUCAUACCGAAUUUUCUGCCAACAACAACCGGGCGGCGGCAGACGACCGUUGUUGUCGCUGCUGUUGUUGUUGUUGUUGUUGUUGCUGUUGUUGUUGUUGCUGUCGUCGUUCAUCCAGUUAUCUCCACUCGUCGUCGUCGUCGUCGUCGUUGUUGUUGUGGUCGUCGUAGUAAUGGCGAUGUGUUCUUCGUCCUCUUCGUUUUCUUCUUCGACUUCACCGAUCAACAACGGCCAUCAGCAGCAGCAGCAGCAGCAGCAAACGUGCGACAGCGGUCUGCGCUAUUGACUCUGGCAUCGUUAUCCAGCAGCUGCAGCAAAGACAGCAGGAAACACGAGCUGGAUUGGGAACUGUGAGCGCAGCACGGACGCUACGUCGCGCUUAGCCGAGUAACAGUUGCCGCUAUAAGUCGUGGCAAAAGGCAGAUACGGACGGAGACUGACGGGUACCGCUGGCAGGGCGAGAUUUACCUUGCUGGGAAACCGGCACCCGCCUGGAAUCACAACAGACCAGAGCUACGGCGGCGGCAGCAGCGGCAGCAGCAGUAGUAGUAGUAGUAAUUGACGCUCAAACGAGGAGCCCUACGGACCCCCACAAACCGAUAUUGCCGGAUAGAUCAUCUCCGAUCGCGUUGACAACCACAGAAAAGAACGAGUCGUUCAAUUUUUUAUUCUUUGGAUACUCUCGAUGUGUACAGUUUUGGUAGCAUUAGCCGAUUUAAAAAACGAGGAACGGCUAAAAGACGGUGAAAGAUAAAGACAGCUAUCCAGCCAGCCAGCCAGCCAGCCAGCCAGCCAGCCAGCUAGCUAAACAAAAAUGCCCCCGCUGAUGCCAAUAAUAGCUCAUACGGUUCAUCAAACUUGUCCUGUCGAAUGCAAGAUUGUCUGGACGCCUACCACUUGUAAUACGAAAAAUCAAUAGUGAUAGCUAACAAGAGUUAAUAAUAACUGUUUUGCAUAAAAUGUUACGAUCAAAUCAUCGUAAUGGUAAUGGUAUUACAUCGAAUCAAUGACGCUAACAUCCAAUUGUUGUAACAAGCACCAGCGGCAAUACAAAGUAGCGCAAAGCGUUACCAUUAUCACUGGCAUCGUCCAGACUGUGCGCAUUUACUCGCGUCGUAUCAUUGUACUCGUCCAUUUGCCGAUCAUAACGAUUGUUAGGGUUCGAUACUGCGGCUGCUAACUAAUGUUUUAUUAGCUGUAAGGGCUGAUCUGUUUGACUGGUGGCUGGGUGUCGCCGACUGCGUCUGUACUGCUCAAGGUACCGUCGCCAUCGCCAUCAUCGACGCUGCUGGCUGCCGUGCGUCUGCCUGGCCGAGCUGCUUCUUCGGAGGGUGUGAUGGCCGCUGUUCUGCUAAAUGACGGCAGGUUUCGCGUAAACUACGAACUUCGCCGAAGAGAUCCACACGGUCGAAGCUAAUGUAAAUAUUUUGUGCGACGGUUCCAAGCGUUCUUCUAUCAGAGUUACUCUCGAUUUGUGUGUGUGUGCGUGUCUAAGUGCAAACGUAAAGAUAUACGAAAAGUAUACCCACAUAUAUAUAUAUACAUAUAUAUGUAAAUAUAUAUAUGUAUAUGUGUACACACAAGUGCACGACCGUUACGGAAUAUGAAUAAGGAAUAACCUUGUACACAGCAGGAAAGCGAGAAGGAACUAAAUAAAAAAGAAUGUUUCUUUAGUGUAAGAGGCGAAAUCAAUCAGCGGCAGCAGACAACAACGAAGAUCUGUCGAGAGGUAUAGCUCCCAUAGCUAGUCACCCCAUUAAAGAGCAAUAAUGGGGGUCGGCGUCGUAACAUGAAUCGCCCACGAAUAAAUAAUUCAAAUAAAUCAAGUAAAGAGUUAUUCAGCUUCCUCCACUUAACGGCUUGUCAAAGACUUCGUAGCUUCCGUACGCACAUCAGUAAAGUACAGAUCAUAAGCUACAUGCGGGAACGCGCAUUGAGCCCUACAGUUCAUCUGUCAGUAUAACGUCCAUUUUGACAAGCCCUGCUUCUGGUUGCAGUCGACAACCCCGUUUGCUUUUGCGGCGAUAGCGAAAACGAUGUAACGCCUUUGACUUGUCCAGUAAUCACUGCUGUCGCCAAUGUACCAGAAGGAGACGCAAAGAGAAACACCAACAAAUCCAAGACCUCGUUGAUGACAAUUUUGACCGGCAGCGUAAAUUGUCAACGCACUCGUCAUCAGUGUCCUUUGUUCCGUUGAUCGUGUCGCGUGUCGGUCGCUCUUCGUGUUGUUCGCGGCUCUGGUGUCAACGGGGUUUCGUCUCGAGUCGGCACAAUCUUCCGCUAUCGCAGCAGCCGUCUGCAGGUCGCAUCGCAUCCCACCGUCACCACCACCGCCGCCGCCGACGUCGACCGCGCUCCGGUGCUCCUGAGGCUGUCGCCGGAGCCGCCGUGGUCGUCGUCGUCGUCGUCGCCGCCGCCGCCGCCGUCGACACUAGCACCGACUGGCACUCGCCCGGCACCGCCGCGAAAGCAGCAGCAGCAGCAGGCGCAGAGAAGGCACUCGGGUUAGGCCGCAGCUUCCCCCGACAGCCACUGAAGCAGCAGCAGCAGCAGCAGCAACAGCAGCCAGCGGCGAGCAAUUACGGAAGGAGGAGAGCAGCGACAGCGGCAACAUCAGCAGCAGCCGAAGCGCUCGCUCGCUCGUUCACUCACUCACUCACUCAGUGAGUCGCUAGCUCACUCGCUCCGAAAGAGCGACUGUGUUCGCUCCAACAGCCGCUACUGUGGUGGCCGUAGCCGACAGCAGCGGCGUUCGGCAGUCCGGGCUGCUGUUAGCUGCUCGUGCUGGCAGAGCGGUCCACCGUUGUUCGAGAAGUUGUUGGUGUCUGGCGUAGCCCGGUGCUGUUCGGCACUCAUUGUCGUCGUCGUCGUCGUCGUCGUCGUCGUCGUCGUCGUCGUCGUCGUCGUCGUCGUCGUCGUGGCUCCGGCUCUCGGUGGCAGCACGAGCAGCGGCGACCGUGCUGCCGACUACCCAGCAGCCAGCUCAUGCCGACUGAUUGUGUUUGUUGGUUGUCUGCUAUUGACUGGCUCCGGCUGUUAGCCUGCCUGAACCUGCCACACUGACUGACUGACUGACUGCUUACUACUUUACUACUACAACUACUUCUAUCAGUAGCACGGCUUUGCUCCGCCGCCGCCGCCGCCGCCGCCGCCGCCGCCGCCGCCGCCGCCGCCGUCUCCCGUCGUAGCCCGGUCGGUCUGCCGCUCGUCGCUUUGUUCGUUUAGCUGGCUGGUUGCUUGUUAUUGGCUAGUCGCUAUUGCGAGUCGCCACUGAUGAAGCAGCGGCUGGUGUUGGUGCACGCGGCUGCCAUCUUGUCGAUGAGAGCGGUUAACUGAUGAGAGCCCCUUUCAGAACGUCGGAGUUGAACUUGAACGGAGAUCGACAACGUUCCGGGAACGACAACAACAACGACAACAACAAGAACAACAACACAAGCAGGAAAAAGACGGCGUGUAGCAAUCGCAGAAGCGACAGCAACAACAAAGUACGACAGCAACAACAACAACAACAACAACAACAACAGCAACAACAACAAUAAUAAUAACAGCAGCAGCAGCAGCAGCAGCAACAACAAUAACAACAGCAACAGCGAGCCAACAGGAGAGAUUGCGGCAGCAACAACCAACUGCACUACAACAGCUAACACAAAAGUAUUCAGAGAGCGGCGACCGAUUGAGAGUGCGACGGUUAUAAGCACAGACGAAGAACUACUUCUGCCACGAAAACGACGAUAGUAACGAGAAACGACGACUCCGAGUGCCCGUGCUGAGUGGUUGGUGCCUAUUGUGAUCUGUCUCCCCGUGAAGUGCAAGUGGGGUUGUGGUGUGUCCUGCGAGUGUUGUCCGAAAAAAGGAGUACCAGUGACUGUUUCGACGUCGGUACCUACGAACGACAGCAUCGACAGAAGCAGGCGUCGUCCCUGUGUAGCCAUCGCCGUCGCGGCUGGAAUAUCAUCAUCUCGCAAUCGUUCCACCUUAUGCGGAGCUGGAGUGUAUGUCUUCUAUGAUUAUUAUUGAAAAGUGUACGUAUUGAAUCGCCUAGUCCCGCUGCGAUCGCAUGGAAUAACAAAACAGCGCUCCGCACCGGCAGCAGGACCGGUUUGUUUUACUGAAAGCAAGCAUUUGCAUUUGUAAACGAGUGACGGAGUGCGACUGUACAACAAUGUAAAGCAGUGUCCGUCCGCUGCCUGAUCUACUACUGGUUUGUACUCGCUAUCGUUCCGUAGGACACUGGCCGCAUUUCUGCAGGUAACGAGCACAGGACCGUUCGACGAACGGUGGCUUCACGUCACUUUUUUACGCUGAAAAGUUGCUUAUUGAAAUUGUAUCGAGCACGGAAUUGUGCCAGGAUCUGUCAGUGUUCAUCGGUGCAGUCACACUAUCAGCAUUUAGCUAAUGAGUAGGAGUAAAUUUCUGGCCGAAGCACGAGCUAGAUCGCCCGUCUAUCUGGAACGAAUACGACACGUCUCUCGUGAAGUGUGACGCUGCCGCCUGUUGUAGUCUGCGUUGCCGCUCAUUAGAAGAGUGUAUUCUCUCGAAGACGACGACGCCGGCGGUGGCAGCAGCGGCAGCAACGAACGCGAGCCGCAUCGUUCGUCUCAACAACGAUAACAGCAGUGGCUCAAAAGAAUCGCGCCGGUCGUCGAUGGGGUUUGAUUGGCGUCGUCUCUACCUCACGCCGUUCAGUGUUUACCUACUGUCGCCAUUGUUUUUGUAAUAGUUGUAGUAGCGGCGUCGGUGUUAAUAGCAGUGCAACAACCGGGUGAUGUUGCCGCAGCUGGUGAGGCUGACGGGCAUAAAUUAGUUGCGACGUCUGGGAACGACGUCCGUGGCGAUGGUGGCGGGGGUGACGGCGCAAAUAAUAAUAGUAAAACAAUAGUCAUAAUAAUGAUAGCGGUAGUAACGUCAGCAUCAUAGUGGCAGUCUGUUGCCUUCGCGUACAGCGUGGCGACCGUGUCUGUGUUGUCCUGCCCCGCGCCUGCGAGUCUGUGAGUAGCAGCUCGAGUGGUCGCGUGUAACGACAUCAUCACCAGCAUUACUAACGAAUAUGCUAGCAGCGGCAGUACUGGAAGUGUUAAAGCAGUAACAGUAGCAGCAUCAGCGUCCGCGCUCUAUCGGAGUUCGUUGAGCGGCUGUGCCGGCAUCAUGUCAGUUUGAAAAGCUGCGACAUUGCGUCCUGAAGGAACAGGCGAAUCAAGCCAAAAGAACGCACGAAACACUUAAAUGGGCGGACAGCGACGCACAUAGAUGCCCCCCAGAGCUCUGUGCCGGUGCGUAUGUCCUUCUGGCUGUAUUAUUACUAUCAUCACCACCAACACGAUUAUUACUGUUACUGCAACCUGCCAGCGACAUCUGGAAGUUGCGUCGUAUUCAUUCGAAGUUCCAAUCAGCGCCAUCGGUUCGUGAAGAUUUUAUGCAGUGAUCAGUUUAAACAGUAGCAGCAGCAGCAGCAGCAGCAGCAGCAGCAGCGGCAGCAGCAGCAGCAGCAGCAGCAGGUGAGGUGACAGGGGCGCUGUCGGCUAGUGAGGAAAGCUGCUAAUUGUAGCGGUCGCGGUGAAUGUGAAUGUUGAUCGUCAAGACGCCGCACAUAGUGCCAUAGGGAUAUUGGCUAGUCAUCAUUAAAACCAAACUCCAACAACGGUAACGCAACGUACCCUGACCGAACUGGACGAAAUCUAACGAUCCAGGAAGGUACGCUGAUCGCUUCGUAGAUUGCUAGGACAAAAGAAUGAGCCGACAUCAAGGUAAAACUGUGGUUACGGUUUUAGAAGUGAUGCCACUGUGUCUCAGGAUGUAGCUUUGCGUUGUAUAUAACGAGGGUUGCGUAGCUCCAAGAAAUAACGGAAACGCGGCGCUCCUUGGCUUCCUGAAAACGUAAAGCUUUUGGACAGAGCAGCCGAGUAUACAAAGGUCAUCCGUUAAGACCUAAAAAAUCAAUCCCUGCAGUCAGCAUACAUUGUUACACGUCUUACAAUGGAAGUUGAUCAGCCACCCGCGCUUACUCCAGAUGUAAACGGCGGCUCGGUGGGCUCACCGGGCGGGGGUGCACUGCAAAAGUCACCCCGCUGUCGACCUCAGCCGCACAACAGUUCUGGGACUCCUCCAGCAACGCCACAGCAACAAAAUACCAAAGACGAUUUGCAGAGUCUCUCGAGUUCGCCAGUGUCGUCGGAAAAAGCGACUUCUCGAAAAAGUUCACCUCUGCGGCUGCAAAACGGUGGUGGCGUUCUCAGCUCGUAUAAGGAAAGUAACGGUUCGGCGCAUUCAGGCGAUACCACUGAGGAGGAAGACAAUGCUGACACUGGCCAAUCGGAGAGUGGGCCUCCUAGUCCUCAGGUCAGCGAUGGCCUAUCAUCCUUUAACGAUACCGUGUUUGUGGAUGGCGCCUGCACGAAGCACGUCGCAGUAGCUGCAGCAGCUGUAGCAACAGCGGCAGGUAUUGCAGGUAAAGACGGUACAAGCAGCCGCACGCGUGGCAGCAUAGGUGAAGCGAAUGGGCAAAAAAUCGAUAAGGUCCAACAGCCAGCUGAGCUGGUGAAUGCCACAAACAAUCAUAGAGGCAGCCGCGGUAGCGUAAGCGGGGACGUCUUCAUUGAACUACCCGAGAUGGAGACUACGGGGCCGUCGGUAGAUGAUCUGAUGAUGGCCACAGCAAAGUCGUCUCCAAUGGAGGUUGACGUUUCUCUAGUGGGUCUCACUACGGAUUCCUGUUCAGCGCCUCGGGAUAAUGGCAAACACCAUUUGGAGGACGGGAAUGCAACCCCACUGGUCGAUGCUAAAAAAGCUCGGGUCAACGGGAGUGCCGACCUUUUCAAAGAUGUCAAGGCCUUGAUCACAGACAGCAAGGAAGAAGUCCACAUGGACGAAGAGCCAGUUUCCCUAACUGUCGGCGAAACGCAUAAGACUUCGGCAAUAUCGCCCCCAGCGCUCAGGGAGCUACCAGAGUGGAAGUCGGGCGUAGUACCUCUCACAUUCUCGAAACCGCUGAUACAGUUAACCGUGACGAAGAAGGCCGAUGAGAUUGAAGAAUAUGCUAAGAAGAUGGAUGCAUUUCAAAAAGCUGACGAGGACAUCUACUUAUCUCACAACGACCACAAGUUGGAUUUGAGUAUAUUUGAAGAGAAAAUGCGUAGAAUCACCGAACUUCAGGAGCGACUACGGGGCGAAGAAAUGAAACUUCUGCUACUUCGGCGGCUUCAGCAGAGUCAGAUGCAGCCACCUCCUCCUCCGCUACCAACGAAUCUUGCACCAACACUUACUGCUCAACAUCAUGGACUUCAGAGCGCACAGAACGGUAGUCGCACGCCUCAAAGCGCACACAAUGGCCCAUUGAUGACAGCGCUUAGCAACAAAGAAAACAAGCAGGAGAAGUCUCGACCAAGUUCGCCAGCCACUUCGGAGAUCCUUCAAUUGACGACCAGCAAGCUGGCAGCACAGGGGGUCGAAUUGGUACCGACGAGCGGUCCAGUUCCAGCCACCGCGAGCGGUAAACGGCGCAGCUCCACGCCGCGGGGGGAAAGCCAGCGUCAAGCGAGCACCACAAGCCUGUCAGCUAGUUUGCAGACGAACGGAGCAAGUAGCGGCACCAAUACGGGAACCACCAGCUCUAAGCAGUCAUCAUCGGACCACGCGGCGAACACGUUAACGUUGGCCCAGCGACAGGCAGCAGCCAAGCUAGCACUUCGUAAACAACUAGAGAAGUCGUUGCUCUCAAUUCCGCCGCCUAAAGCGCCCCCACCUGAGAUGCACUUUGUACCGAACGGAAGCAGCGCAGAAUUUAUUUGCCUUUUAGGUCUUGAAACGGUCGUCACUUUCAUCAAGGAGGGAUAUGACACAAACAAGGGCCCCCCACCCGCGCCCUUCGUCUGCGUCCAGUGCAAGGGCGAUUUCACGCCCGUGUGGAAGUGGCAACAGGCCGAAACAACUACAACUGGCUUAUCCAAGAAGCCCAAGGGUUCAAAGAAAGAUAGUGGCCCGUCAGUUAUCUGCGAAAAAUGUGUAUCGCACAAUAUGAAGAAAGCCCUUAAGGCGGAACACACGGCCCGCCUCAAGGCGGCAUUCGUCAAAGCUCUUCAGGCUGAGCAGGAGCUUGAAACGCAAAUGGCGCUGGCAGCGGCGGCAUCGCCGCCUCCCCCACCCCCUCCACCAGCGUCGGCGCCUCUUCCCAACCCUAAAACACCUUCACCUGCGCCCUCUCCAUCUCCCAAACCGCAGACAAUACAGACACAACAACAACAGCAGCAACAACAACAGCAACAGCAGCAACAACAGCAACAGCAACAUCUGCAACAACAACUACAGGUUCAAGCGAAUCACCAGGCAACGUUGCAGGCUGCUGCAGCCUUACAGCAGCAGCAACAGCAACUUCAACAGCAGCAACAGCUUCAACAACAACAGCAGCAGCAGCAGCAGCAGCAGCAGCAGCAACAACAACAACAACAACAACAGCAACAACAGGCGCAACAACAACAGGCGCAGCAACAGCAGCAACAACAGCAACAGCAGACUGCGGCUGCUGCGGCCGCCCAACUCAGUGCCACUGCUACAGCGGCCGUACAGUUGACGGCGGCGGCACAACUGCACAGGUACCUUGGACAUAUAACUUCAUCAUCAGCAGCGUCCUCGUUAUCGGGCUCCGGUACCACCUCGAGUUCGCAUUCGGGUCACCACUCAGCCGGCAGUAGUAGCAGCAGCGCGAGUGGAAGUCACUCCACCUCAUCCUCUAGACAUCACUCGGCUUCACCUCAUCAUCACCAUCAUCAUCAUCAUCAUCAUCAUAGUGGUGGACUUCAUAGCGGUGGCGGAGGCGGAAGCUCUGGUGGAAGCCACAGUGCGCACAGUAGCAGUGGCGGCACUUCAUCAAGCGUCGUUGGAUCAACGGCCAGUCGCUCUUCAUCCUCUGGUUCGAAUACCACAACAUCUGGGAACUCGUCGUCGUUGGCGGAACAACAGAACGCGGCUGCUGUAAUGGCGGCGAUGCAGAGUCAGCUGUUGGGUCUUGGCGGUUUGGGCGGACUUGCACAACUCGGUGGACUAGGCAGCCUAAUGGGCCUGGGUAUGGGGGCCGUUAUGGGUGGAGGUGCUGGACCCUCUUCGCACCAUAGCCAAUCGCAGCAUCAUCAGCAGACGGCGCAUAGUCCGGUUCCAACAACAAGCCGAGGCAAAAGCAAGGGCAAAACUUCUACCUCAUCGGCAGCCGCUGCUGUGGCGGCUGCUGCUGCACAGCAUAAUUCGUUUGCCUCGCAGCUGUCAAAAAUGUCUGCAGCACAACAGCAGGCGAUCUUACAGGCGCAGACGCAGCAGUUUCUUACACAACUCAUGGCGGCCACAACGCACAGUUCUAGAGGUACGCAGAAAAAGGGUUCGUCUAGCGGCAUGUCAGCCGGUGGAAAUAGCGCCGCCGGUGGUGCAAGCAGUUCGAGCGGUAGCCAUCAUCACCAUCACCAACAGCAGCAGCAGCAGCAGCAGCAACAACAACAACACCAGCAGGUGGCCGCUGUGGCAGCUGCAGCGCAACAGGCGGCUGCGGCAGCAGCCGCUGCUGCCCAGCAACAACAGCAGCAGCAGCAGCAGCAGCAGCAAGUUGCUGCAGCGCUGAUGAACCCCCUAAUGAAUCCGCUGCUGCAGGCGUAUUCGCUGUCAUUGCUACAACAGCAAGUUCAAUCGGCGGCAGUUUCACAUGGAGGAGGUCACGGCGCUCACGGUCAAGGAGGCCAGCAAGGGUCAUCCUCAUCGUCCCGAGUCUCAGGAAGCAGUGGAGCCGGCUCUAGUGGAAGUGGUUCUCGCGGAGGCUCGGCGUCUAGCUCGUCAGCGAGGAGCGCUGCCGAACUUCAACGCCAGUAUCUUCUUGACAUGAUUCCCCCGUCGUCGCGAAGCAACUCAUCCUGGAAGUAGAAAGGAUGAGAAGUUGCUGAGUGGGCACAACAGGAACACAGUAAUAACUAUUAUAAUAAUAUUAUUAUUAAUGACAAUAAUAAGGAUAACGAUGAAAAUUGCAACACUGAUGAUAAUAAUGAUACAUGUAAAAAAAAAAAACUCUAUGUAAUAAUGAUUAAUUUGAGCACUCUAAUGACAAGUGUCUACCGUCACUCAUUUUGGGCGGUGACAGGCGAUCUCUGUAUGUAGAUCUGAAUGAAUAGUAAUAACAACAUUGGUAAUGGUAUGCGCCGAUGAAUUAAGACGAACGGCUCUUAUUGAUUAUUGCAGACAAUUCGGACGCUAUUAUAACUGUUUAUAAUCACAUACAUACAUACAUGCAUACAUACAUGCCACGACUCAUCAUCAUGCAAUGACAGAGGUCUCUCGUAUAGGUACCUUGCUUCUGACAAUACAAAAGCGGUCCACUAUAUAAACACCGAUCCUCAUCUUUCCACAAAAGAUAUCGACGAUAAUAUCCUCUGCGAUGAGUGUUCAGGUGACCGGAAGCUGUCAUCUGUGCCCCUGAAACAAACUCGAUAUGCUAUGAAGAAAAGCUGCGAAGCAGAAAAUUAAGCAACGCGUACCGAGCUUGUUUAACGAUACUAUAGAUGAAAAUAUACUUCUGUAGUAGGGAGACAUCAUUGAUCCGCUGUUACUGUAAACAGAACGAUCGUAUAACAAUGCGGAGGCUGUGGACUAUACCGAGCUAAGGCUUGCCUUUCAGCUGGUACCUGGUCUCAGCACUGUAGUUUGGAUGUCGUCUGUAACAAUAUUAACAAAAGCAACAAUGCAACCUGUCAGAUUGAGUAGGUUAUUUACUAUCAAAGCUUUGCGGCAAACAUCAGCCGAAAUAGGAAACGGUUUCGCACAGCGGAAAUUUUUCACUUUCAAGUAAUCCCGUAUACAAAAUGUGAACACGAAAAAUAAUUGUAGGGUUUACGAAGUGGGUGUGUGCUUAGGGGUCAAUGCAAGUUUACAGAACGGUUGCGCUGGGAUUAAAGGAAGCACGUAUGGAUAAUGAAACCCAGCUCACAAUCUGAGGGCACAAAAUACUCAAACGCCCGAUAAAACAAAUCUUAUAGAUCGUAAGCGUCAGAGCAAGGCGCGCGUCUUUGCCGAUCUGCAGUCCCUUUCGCCUGUGUAGGUGUCAUAGGCUCAAAAUGGCGGAUAUGGCGAAAAAGAAAUGUGUGCGUGUGUGCGUGAGUAAUAUCUAAUAGAAAUUAGUGGUUGUACUACAGCAUGCUUUAGGGCAGGAACAGUUAUUACGAUCUAUUUAUCUUUCCACUUAUAGCUGUUUACGGCGCAAGCAAAUACCAGAUUUAGAUACACGAGAUUUAGGGACGGGAAAGAUACAAAAUGGACUAUCCGGAUACGCUAUGUAUUAGCAUAUAGAGCACUUUUCGUAUACUUUGUAAGAGCAAACGCUUCAGAAAAACAACAAAUUUGUGAUGGUUACACCCUGAUGAAAGAAAAGCCGAUUUAACACAGUAACAAAUUACUGCCAUGACUUUCAGGUUUAUGGGCGUCGCUAACUAUGGGAUUAAAGCUUGUGAAGCAGCCAGAGACGAGUAGAGAUAAGUUUCGUGGGCAAACACAGGCCUAUCAAUAAGUAAGCAUGACAAACUAGCAACUUAGGCAUCAUAGGGGACAUAUAUAGAAAUAGGAGGGUCAUCGAAAUUGGAAAUUGUUUUACUUGUUAAUACGCAAUUCUAAGUCUUAGGUGAACAAGGAAAUAUCGAUUGCCAUACGAACUAUAAAUCUAUCUAUUAUGAGCAAAGUUAAUUAUAUAAUUAGGUCGUUACUUCUUGGAUUACGAACUCGGAUCAUUGAACCGAACAGGGAUCUUGUCGUCUAACCAAUUCUCAGAACUGCAGCCACGAACUUUUACAUUAGAAUUCAAUUACCGAUGCACAAGUUCUUCAUAUAAAUUUGGCUUCUACUUGCGAUCGUUCAUAUCCGUUAUGUAGCUAAAUUUACACCCUCAUUAUCACGAGGAUAGUUCUUGUAUACUGAGUCUCGUAGUAAUUGUUACUAUAUCAUAAAAAUGUCCAUGGUGACGUUCGAUGUCAACUUGAACCAUAGCCAAAUAGCAAUAUGUACCAAUAACUGGCUCGGUGUUCCUGUAGAAUUAUCACGAACAACUGUAUUUUAAAUGAGCGUGCGAGUGUACAGAUGUGUGCCAUGUGUUAUCCUAAUAGCAACUGAUCUGGGGACACAGAAACCCGAAUGAAUCUCAACGAAGUUCCGAAAGAGAGUCUCUUCAGCGUUUUGCUAGAAUUAAGAAAAAGGGGCUAACUAAGAGCGCAGAUGAAAUUUAAGCGUAUAUUUCUCCGCAUGUAUUUAUAGAAGCGAAUAGAAAAAAUCAUCCACAUUUACGGUAUCUGGUAAGUGUUUCUUUAUGGACUGUUACAUGAAGUUUUCUCGCAGACAGAUAUGGGAAAACCUUUCGUAUAUUCUUGUAUAAUGUAACACGCGUAUAAUGCAACUAACGAACGCCAGAGAGCACAAGUGACGAGACGCACUAAGGGCCCGCGAAUUGACUAAGUAUAUGAUGAAACGACAUAGAGUAAAGGUGACGUUAAAAGGGGGUAAAGUUUUGCAGUACGGUAAUUGCUGGCUAGGAAAAAAAGGAUACGAUGGUGAAUGGUCGUAUGGCAGACGUACAUGGCAAGCAUGCAUAUAACAGUAAAGGAGCGGCGGUGUCGACAUAAAUCAAUCGAUAAACACACUUCCAUCAGCAGAUCCGAGUUAGAUCAAGAAUCAUAAUUUUGUGUCUAAUAAUCUCGACUAUCUAUAGAUUAAAUACACAAAAAAUAAACAUAACGAGAGACGAUCUACUAUUGAAGGAACUACAACACAGCCGAAGGUAGAUUUCAAUGAAGGCAAUAAUCGCAUGAUGAUAAAGACAGUAAUUAGAGUACCAGUACUAGAAGUAUGUAACAAUAUUAUUAUUAUUAUUCUAUAAUAAGUACGAUAGAAGAUAUAUAUAUAUAUAUAUAUAUCAAGAGGGAGGGAGAGAGAGAGACGGUGAAACUACCACCAUUAAGGAAGAAACAAUUAUUCUGCACACGUCGUAGUCAAUUGUUGUAUAAUUCAUUUUGUACAAUUCAACGACACAUAUUUAUUUUUCUGCUGGUUUUUGUUGCGUUGUCUUUGAUGAGAUGAGACUCAUAUAUAUAUAUAUAUAUAUAUAUAUAUGGGUGAAAAAAGGAUCACUUCGUGUAUCUUUUUCCUAGCCAGUUACUUUUGUCUGCCAAUCCAGAAAAACCCGAGUAUAAUUCCCUUGUGUUUACUAUGCUUACUAGUAAAACAUGUAGAAAGUAGAAAAAUAAUUGUAAGUUCGCGAAUUUUUUAAAAAUAGCAUCACCGUUACUUCCGUUUUUGUACUUGCGCUUUUGAGGCCGCUCGCAUCUAUAGUGCAUGCUUCCUCUACGUUUGUGCUAGCUCUACAAUUAAACAAAAGAUGAGACAUGUAUAUAUAUAUAUAUAUAUAUAUAUAUAUAUAUAUAUAUAUAUAUAUAUAUAUAUAUAUAUAUCAACAAUGCUUGAUCGUAUAGAAAAUUAAAGAACGAAAAUGGCAAAAAAAUAUAUACAACUUAAUUCUGAUAACUGAAUCUGAAUUGCAUGAAGUCGGACGAAGCUAAGUUGUUAAUACUGUAACUUAUCGAGCCUGUUCGUAAUGCUUGGGUAUUGAUAGUAUUAGAUAAUGCGUCUACUGUGAAGCUGCGUGACGGACGCGGAAAAUUCGCUUCAACAGAGACCCAAAACUAGGAUCUAAGUGCACAUGGAGUUGUAUGUGAGCGCGGUCAUUGUACUGAGACCCAGACCGUAGUAAGAACACCGAUGAGUGUAAAUUGUAUUGACUCAAGCGUAAGUGGACAAAUUGUAAAGAAUAAGUUCAACACACCGACACGUGACAAUUGAAAAGAACAGGGCGAUUACGUUAAACGAUUAUGAUAAUAGGAUGAGAAUAAAAAAAAACACACACACACACACAAUAGAAGGAAAGCGGAGCGUUCAAAAUUCAAUUCAUUGUAAAUGGUUGUAUAUUGUUGUACAUAGGGACGGAACAUUCGUCUUAUUACACAUCCAUCAGCGCGACGAUUAAUUGCUACCACCACAACAACAACAACAGCGUACGCUAAGAUAUAGUAAAUGUACCAUGAUAUUAUUACUAGCAGUAUAACAAUUAUGAAUACUGUAGAAACACAACACAAGCGAGGUUCGCACCACUGGUAAAAUAGCCAAUUAGGACGUUUGCUCCGAUCUUCGAAGAAACGCACUCAGUAACGCUAGCGGAAAAGUGACCAUUGGCAGCGGGCUAAGCCUAAGACCCAAUGGCAGACACGUCAUGCCGCGAAGACUGGUACCAAACGGGAUAAAUGAUGAGAUGAUUAAGCCGGCUAGAAAGAAUCGAAAGUAUCAUCAACGUACCACCAGUCGUAAGACGAACAGAUCUACCUAAAUGUAAUGGAUAGAUAGAUCAUUGAUAAUAAUAAACUACUGCAUGAAUGUAUUUCUGAAUGGUAAGACCCACUGCGCACUGAUACAUACAUAUAUACAUAGAAUGACUAUAUAAAAUCUAAGAGGACAACUAUAAAUAAUAGCAGCAAACUCACAUUUUAACCAAUGUAUGAAAUCUUCUUUCAGCUCCUGUUGAAGCAGGACGUGGGAGAAGAUUUCGUGAUGAGAUAAAACCGAAUAAAUAUGGUGAUGACGAUAAUAAAUACUAUAAUGGUAAUAACAUUGAAAAAACGAGAAUAUAAACUUAACAAAAAUAAUGUGCGAUGACGGAAAAAGCGAAUAAGUGCGAAAAAGGGGGCUAGCUGUAAUAGAGAGCAUAAGACGGAAGUGGAGAAGAGUUCAACUGAAUUGAAAGACAGAAGGAGAAAACGAUAGAUUGCAGUAGAUUUGAAUGCAGACAGGCAACCGGAGGGGCUAUUAUAUUAAACU